UAUCUCACUCCCUCCACUCCCUCUCUCACUCUCUCACUCUGUCUCUCUCUCACACACCCUCCCUGAGCUGCGAACUAGACCAGAUAGUCUCUCCAGGAUCCAGUUCCACAGCCUCAUUUCUCCACACACCAGCUCUGGGUGACAGCUCAGUAGGGGUGUCUGGGAAAUACAGCUUGCUGUAAGGGACGUCUCAGGGAGUUCUACUGACCAGAUACAGGUCACUUGAGCGACUGGCGUUGCACUGCAUCAGUUUACACAGCCCACUCACCCACAGGGAGGCACCGCACGCUCUCUGGCUGUACCCCGUUCCUGUCACUCUCCACACUACUUUUCCAGAGAGCCCGGAGAGCUGAGAAUGGGCAAAUCCGAAAGCCAAAUGGAUAUCAUGGAAAAAUCUACCAAACCAGGGAAGCGUCGUUGGACUGUUGCAGAGACUGGGCUGUCUGUGCUGUUGUUGCUGGUCAGCUGUGCCCUGGCUGGACUGAUAGUCCUCUACACAUCGGCUCUGAGAGAGCGGUCCAAUAGGAGCUCAGUCACUGAGGCCUGGAGCCUGGAGGACACUCUAGCCACCCUCAUCUCUCGUUACCACAAGAAGGUCCUGCUGGAUAUGUAUGUGUGGACUGAUGACCGUGACUCCCGGCGCCACAUCAUCUACAUUGACCAGCCAGGACUAGGAAUGCCAUCCAGAGAGUAUUACUUCAAUGAUGGAAACUACAAAAGGGUUCGAGAGGCCUACCUGCAGUUCAUGGUUUCCAUGGUGAGGAUUGCCCGGGAAGACAGGAACUUGACCCAGGAAGAUGAUCGUGUGGUGGAGGAGAUGGUGCAAGUGCUGGAGCUGGAAACAGAUAUCGCAAAUGCCACAUCCCCCGCAGAGGAUCGUCAAGAUGUCACGAUUCUCUACAAAAAGAUGACCCUGACUGAGCUGCAGGAGUCCUUCAAUCUCAACGGUUUUAACUGGACAAGGUUUGUGCGUGGUGUGUUGUCCAGCGUGGCUGUGAAGGUASAGCUGGAAGAGGAGGUGGUGGUCUAUAGCUCCCCUUACCUGGAGAAGAUGAACAAAGUGCUCUCCAAACACACUGUCAGAACCAUGCAGAACUACCUCACCUGGCAGGUUGUCAUGGAGAGAGUCAGCAGCCUUAGUCGCCGCUUCAAAGAUGCCAGGGCACACUAUAAAAAGGCCCUGUAUGGGACGACCAUAGAGGAGGCGCGGUGGAGAGACUGUGUGCGUUACGUCCAGGGCAGCAUGGAGAACGCAGUGGGGGCUCUGUAUGUGCGAGAGACCUUUGCUGGCGAGAGUAAACGCAUGGUUAGUGACCUCAUCAGUAAGAUCCAGGAAGCGUACGUGGAGACGCUAGAGGAGUUGAGCUGGAUGGAUGACCAGUCUAAGGAAAAAGCAAGAGAGAAGGCCAUGGCCAUUAAGGAGCAUAUUGGCUAUCCUGACCACAUUCUGGAAGAGAGCAAUCUGAAGCUUGACCAGGAGUAUGCCCAUCUGAACUUCAGUGAGGAGAACUACUUUGAGAACGUCCUUGAGAACCUGCAGGCUGAAGCACACAAGAGUUUGAAGAAGCUGAGAGAGCCGGUCGACCCGGAUAUGUGGAUCAUUGGUGCUGCUGUGGUCAAUGCUUUCUACUCACCAAACAGAAACCAGAUAGUAUGGCCUUCGGGGCUAUUUGAGCCAUACUUUCUGUCUGCUUUGACAGCCCAGGCCCUGAACUUGGGAGGAAUAGGGAUGGUCAUUGGACAUGAGAUCCACCAUGGAUUUGAUGACAAUGGUGAGGCAGCGGUAAAUUUUGAUAAGGAUGGUAACAUGCUUAACUGGUGGAGUAAUUAUUCUGCUGAGCACUUCAAGGACCAAUCACAAUGCAUGGUGCAACAAUAUGGCAACUUCAACUGGAAACUCGCAGGCGGACAAAAUGUCAGUGGAAUUAGCACUUUGGGGGAGAACAUCGCUGACAACGGAGGAGUUCGGCAAGCCUAUAAGGCCUACAUGAAGUGGAUGGAGAGAGAAGGUGAAGAGCAUCGUUUACCUGGUCUGGACAUGGACCACAAACAACUUUUCUUUCUUAACUUUGCCCAAGUAUGGUGUGGUGCCUAUCGGCCUGAAUAUGCCAGCCAGUCCAUCAAAACGGACUCCCACAGUCCCCUGGAAUACAGGGUGCUUGGCUCCCUACAGAAUUUUGGAGCAUUCUCAGAGGCAUUCCAGUGCAAACCGGGUACUCCCAUGAACCCUGAGAUAAAAUGUCGGGUGUGGUAGCCAGUUCCUGCCUUCUUCUACUCUUGUUAAUUAUUUCUUGACUGGGGCAACUGAACAAAAGAACAUGCUUAACAACCACAGAGGCAUCCUGCCUUAGAGUAUGUCUGAUAGAUUUACAUGGCAGAAGAUAACAUAGAUAUUUACACAAGUGUUUUAACAGUGUGUAAAUGCAGAAUACAGUUUAUAUAUGGACUGGAUGACUGACCAAACUACACCUUAGUAUCACCACUUGAAGCAGAUUAAAACUACGAUUAGACAGGAAAAACACUUGCAAGGAGUAUGUGCUUAUAUGGCUACUCAGCUUGAAGAUGUGGUCUGUGGGUGAACAGUUUUACUUGUGGUUUUGUUGUAUACACUCUCAGGAAAAAAGAUUCUGGU